AUGGCCCCGCACUUCACGACGAAGAAGCAGCAGCAGCAGCAGCAGCAGCAGCAGCAUCAACAGCGCGAUCAUCUAAAUGGGCCAGGUCUCACUCACAGUUCCCAAGCAUCAGACAAUGUACAACGACCAAACAUCUGGCGAUACAUUUCCGUGAGAAGUUCCGGUCAACGGGCGGCAGGGGACUCUGCAGAUGAAGGCGAUGACGAUGAUCUACGACGGCAUGCGGGCCUGACGGGCCAAAUCUAUAAUGAACCGGACGGGUCAAACUCGAUCUUCCUUGUCGACGAGGACGGCUCAGACGCUGAAUCCGUUUGCUCUGUCUCUGAGUACUCGGAUGCACAUAGCCACUGGGAACAUCCCUUGACCAAUCGAGAAGAUGCCAUCUCGUUUGCUUUUAGCGAACUGCUGCAAGGCGACGAUGCACAGGAUAGCCCACCUAGCAAAUCGUCACCGUCGGCUGCGAGGUACGGAACGUCAACUGCUACGCGCCGGCCAGACUCAAGUUAUACGAUAAAUGGUUCUACGGACGACGUGGUCAAUUUCCAAGGACUUGAAAAAUUCGAUGCUUAUUAUGCACGAGAGACACCACCGCCGCUAUCCCACAGCAUGCGACAGAUGGCCCACGACCCCUUUUCUGCGGAGAAUAUCAUGGCGCAGCAGAGGCCACAGGGGCAAUUCUGGCAAGAUGUUUCUGAUCUCUCGAGGAAAGGCAAGGAUGCACUGAGAUCUCCGGAUUGGAGCACGGCCAGCAAUCCUUGGGCAUUGAUUGACGCCAGCAUUUCGGAAUCGAAUGAACGAGACGCUAUUAUAAAGGAAAACCAGCGUUUACGGGCCGAAAUCGAAGAAAUGAAAGCUGUAAGAUCUACGGAAUAUCUUCAGGAUUUACCACAACCUGAAAUGGGAUCUCCAGUCCGCUCAUCCAACAGCAGACCGCAGAGUCGUCUACGACGGGCAAAGAACAAGAAACGGCAAGAUGUCACUCUAUUCAAAACCACAACGCUUCGUGAUCUUGUCCUCAAGAGACUAUUCACUCCGCAUGUGAUUGCUGACGGAAUAAUCCAUAAUGAGGAGCAACCAUUGACACUUGAUACCCCCCUGACGGCAACACAGGUGCACGACAUCACGAAGAUUAUGAACGAUAUCAUCGUGUCGGGGAGUCAUCUCAAGCAACCAAUUGCACUUUGUGCAGUCUGUCAUCUACCCAAGUUCAAAGGCAUCAAGAACAUGCAACAGAACUCUUACGUGUCCCAAGUCUUGGCACAGUUGCCUAUGGUUUCAGCCUCAGCUUUUGAGGAUUUCGAUCCUGUCUGGGGAACUUCAACCUGCUGCCGGCGUUAUGUGUGCAAGACUUGCCUAAGUGCUGCCAUAAUUUCUGGUAUCAGCACCCAUUGGUGGUUUGACUUGCAAAAUCGUGGCUCGAACUGGCUGAAAUGCCCCGUACCCUGCUGUGGACGCAAUCUACCGCUAUCAUCUGUUGACGAGAUCGACGAGGUCAUGCAAAAGCUUAAUGUGCAUACUAUCCUACCACAUCUUGAACGGUAUGAACGCGCAUCGAGACUGCGUUCGCAGCUACAAGAUUUAAAUCCACUGCCUAGCAAAGACGAGCUGCGAAGGAGCAAGGCAUUGCAUGACAGACUAAUUCGUCAUCGCCGAAUGCGCCCGCUGCUGGAAGACAGCCCGGAUCUCGAGACCGCAGAAGAUAUCGAGGCUGUGUUGCAACCCAUCGAUACAGCUGAUGGACGUGGGACUAUGCAAGUUCCCAUCUUCAAGGGCUUGUUCGCACAUCGCGUUAUUCAGACUUGCCUUGUGUGCGACGAGACAUACAAUGAGCCCAACCUUGGCAAUAUGGAGACUUGGAACAAAAUCAUCAACGGCUUUGGCGGCGGAUGGACGUGGGGAAUUUUGGCCUUUCCAACUCCAGAGAUUUUGCCCGGCUGCCACCAUGACCACACAAUAUGUCGGAGUUGCCUUGCCAAAUACGUGUCAACGCAGGUUGAGUGCCAGGGUCACAGCGUGGCGGAGAACAUCACCUGCCCUACUCCAGACUGCCAGCACAAAUUCAUUCACGCUGAGGUACGAACUCUCGCCGCUCCUCAGGUAUUUUCGCUAUACGAUCGCUACACGGUGCUCAAUUCUAUCUCUUCCCAGCCAAAUUUUCGGUGGUGUCUACGUGAGGGAUGCGUCUCUGGUAGUGUCUACGACGACCCAACAUUAUCGGCCUCUACGGAUAGCACGGACGUCGACCCUAAUCAGAUCGAAUGCUCAGAGUGCAGCUUUGCCAUGUGCUAUACGUGCCAAACGCCGUGGCAUACGGGCCUCACAUGUGCGCAGCACACGUCUCAACGCGAAUCGUCGUUCGAAGAAACACAGACAUGGUUGGCACAGCAUACAAAACCGUGUCCGGGCGAGGGCUGUGGUGUACAGGUACAAAAGGGAGAUGGCUGCUUCCACAUGACUUGUUCCAGAUGCCACUACGAGUUUUGUUGGGAGUGCUUGGAAGAUUGGCGGCGCAUUUUCGUGCCAGGUGAGGAUGGCGGUUACUUGAGGUCGGAUGGCCAUCGUGAGGGUUGCUUCUUCAGAGGAGAAGGGGCACCACUGCCGACGCAGAUCAACGGGCAGGACAUCGAGGCCGGCCUCAGAAGGUUGGAAGAGCGGGAAGAGGCUGUCGCAGUUGCUGUCGCGGAGUAG